AAUUUGAGGGAAUGAUCCUGCAGCUCACCAAGGGGAUCCACGGUGGCUUCCUGACGUCCGCUUUGAGGAAGUCCGAAACUUUAGCCUUCUUACCGAUUGACUUCUUCUUAUCCGGUAGACCGACUCGUGAUGUCUGGCGAACACAGCGAGGGCCAGGAGGCUAUGAACGUAUACUCCGUAACCCUCAGUGGCCCAGCGCCUUGGGGCUUCAGGCUGCAGGGUGGCAAGGACUUCAGCAUGCCCCUCACUGUGUCAAGGCUGACCCCGGGCGGAAAGGCAGCUCAGGCCGGCGUCGGGGUGGGAGACUGGGUGGUGUCCAUCAGUGACACCAAUGCAGAGGAGAUGACCCAUGUGGAGGCACAAAACAAGAUCAGAGCAGCAACAGACUCCCUCACCCUCACCCUCAGCAAAUUGAAAAAACUGCAAAGUAAAUACCAGAAAGUGGAAGCUCCUGAAAAGUUAACCCUGCCCUGUUUCAUCCCCAACGACCGCAGCAAGAAGAGGCUGAUCCAGGACACUGAGGACUGGCAGCCCCGCACCGGCACCACCCAGUCCCGCUCCUUCCGCAUCCUGGCCCAGCUCACGGGCACCGACUUCAUGCAGGACCCAGAUGAUGAAAUCAUGAAGAGGUCCAGGGAAAAGUUCCUCACUGAGAUUCAGAGUCCCCGCUAUGCCCGUCUGAGGGAUUGGCACCACGACAGGUCUGCUCGCGCCCUCAAUAUCAAAUCCUGCCUUGAGCCAACUCCCUCACCUGCCAAGGCCCAGGCAGCAGAUAAACCAGAUGGCUCCAAGACUGCAGCUGCAGCAGCAGGCCGUUCAGGUCCUUCCUGUCGACCACCGUGGGUCACUGACCCCACUUUCGCCGACCGCUUCCGCCCUGACAAGACCAGCACUGUCGUGACCCAGCACCAGCAGCCGGUCCAGCCGACGCCAAUGGAGAACCGCAGCUCCAUCCUGCAGGCAGCGCAGCAGGCACCCGAAGACAGCGGGAGGACCCCGGUAUGCGGUGCAUGCAACAAAAUCAUAAGAGGUCGGUACCUGGUAGCGCUGGGGCGUUCUUGGCACCCAGAGGAGUUUACUUGUUCACAGUGCAAGGCGGUCCUGGAUGAGGGGGGCUUCUUCGAGGAGAGAGGGUCUGUCUACUGUACCAAGUGCCACGAUAACCGAUACGCUCCGAACUGUGCCAAGUGCAAAAAGAAGAUCACAGGGGAAAUCAUGCACGCCCUGAAGAUGACCUACCAUGUCGAGUGUUUCAAGUGUGCAGCGUGCAAGACUCCCAUCAGGAAUCAAGCCUUCUACAUGGAGGAAGGCGAACCCUACUGUGAGAAAGACUAUGAGAAGAUGUUUGGCACCAAAUGCCAUGGCUGUGACUUUAAGAUUGAUGCCGGGGAUCGCUUUCUGGAGGCCUUGGGCUACAGCUGGCACGAUACGUGCUUCGUCUGUGCUCUCUGCCAAAUCAACCUGGAGGGGAAGACGUUCUACUCGAAGAAGGAUAAGCCCCUGUGCAAAGGCCAUGCCUUUGCUCCAGUGUGAGAGAGCAAGCUUCAUCUUCAGAGGAAGCAACACUUCUCUCUCUCCCUCCUCUUUACCCCACUCCGCCCUCCGGCACACUCGUACACACUCUACAUCUCUUCUCUUCACCAACCACACACCUAGUUACACUCCGUUUUUCUUUUUUUCUAUCCUUUGUUUCUACAUUUGAGGCUCAGAGAGACAAUUCAACCCCAAAUCAAAAAUACAUAUUUUUUCCGUUACUUAUAGAGCUGUUUAUCAGUCUGGAUUGUUUUGGUGUGAGUUGCUGAGUGUUUGCGAUAUCAGCCAUAGAGAUGUCUGCUCUCUCUCAGAUAUAAUGGAACUAGACGGCACUCGGCUUGUGGUGCUCAAAGCAACAGAAAAAAAAAAACAUUUGAAAACUCAACCCCAAUGUCUCUUUCUAGAGAUCAUGACCCAGUUACUCAAGACAAUCCACAGACCUUGUUGUGAGCAGUUUCAUGUCAGAACUAUUUCCUUUCCACUAGACUACAACCACCAUCCGAAUCAUUGUGCAGAAAGAAGCGCUUAUGGAGGCUUAUGCUUGUAAAAGCGCAAGAUGUACACAGAUCCUCGGCUCAGCUCUAACAUAAGUUAGCUCAGUGUUGCCAGGUGAGCUAGCAGUGGAUGCAUGCUUCCUUCUGCAUGGUGAUACAGUUGGCGGGCGUAGUUUGGUAGAAAGAAAAUAGUUCCUACAUGAAACUGAACUUAACAAGGUCUUGAGUAACCAGGUCAUGGUUUCUGAAAAGAGACAUUGCUGUUGAGGUUUUCAAAUGUAUUUUUUGGCCAUCUAGUUCCCUUACAUUCAAGAGGGAAGUCAGCAGACAACCGAUAUCUCCAACACUCUGCAACUCACCUCAAAAUAAUCUAGACUGAUAGCACUGCAGACAAAAGGAAAAACAUGUACUUUUGAUUUUGGAGUGAACUGUCCCUUUAAUGUUAGCUUCACGUACUGUUAGUUUCCUGUGCGAAAAGGACGGUUCACAUGUUACUGCCUGUAAUACCAAAUGCUGUGUUGUAUAACUGGAAGUAGUCAAGGAAUUGUUUCAUGUCAUCACUAACUUUUUGACUCUCAAGUAAUUUUUUUUAGAUAAGACAUUAAAAAGUGCAGCUGCAGUUCAUCUAGAUUUAAUUGUAGCAGUAAGUGACGAAUUCUCACGACUCUACUAAUCUCAGCCUUGUUCAGUCUGAAGUGAGAUCAAGUCAGUAUCUUCCAAGUUGAAGGAGUCAUUUAGCCUUUAAUAAUCUCACAUAUUGCAGUAAUGAUCUGCCACUGCUGCUGUACUAAGUGUUGGGAAGUGGUGGCCCAAUUCAGGACCCUGGCCCACUCACUGACUCUUACUGCAGUGCCUAUUAACGUAAUGGGGUCCAGUCAAGCAUAAAGGGGGGUGUCCCAUUUCUGCUUGACUGGACCCCUUCACCUCUCCGCAGAAGCACUAACUGCAGUAUGAGCUCUGAUUUGCCAGAGCCAACGUGAGAAGCAGUUAAUAACUGUAAUUUUGAGUCAUUUAACAAUCCUCAGUCGAUCCAAUUUUAAUAAUCCAAUGUGGGUGACAGAAAGGAAAUGCUAUUCUUGUUUUUAAAUGUUUCACUCCUAAGAUAAGGAGAUAAGUCUUUUGAGAUUAUCAGCAUUUAUUGGACAUUGUAAUGUAAGAAAAGAAACCUCAGAUGAUUUUGUCCCUCAUGUUACAAUGAUAUUGUGAUAUUUCCUUAGAGUACUUUCAUGUCAUGGUUGAAUAUGUAUUUAUAUUGCUUCAGAAUGGGCCUGUAAGUGUUGUUUUUAUAGCUGUUGGACGUUUCAAAUAAAAUAAUUCAGUAAUGCCAAGCGCUGGGGCAAAACACUGGGCUGAAGUGUUCUUUUGAGGUGAACCCAUCUGUAAGAGUUUGUACUGGCUGAGGUUUUGGCUGUCUUUGCCUUCACCAACACCUGCUCCCCAAGAAGAGGACAAUGGACUUUCUAAUGUUUUUGCUCUGUUUUUUGUGAGUACAAUAAGUGUUUGUUUUUUUAACAUAACUUAAACAGCUUUGCUGCUGUAACAGACCUAAGUGAAUCGUACAAUGUUCUCCAUGUGGAUGUUAAUAAUUUUAUAAUAGCCAGUCAUUAAAGUGGACAUAGACACA